AUGGAAGCCGUUGCUACAGCUGGCGUCGAAGUUGUCGUCCAAAACCUGAUCAACUUUCUCAAGGAAGAGUACUCUCUGCUUCGAGGUCUUGAGGAAGAAGCCGGAAAGCUGCAGGAAACUUUGGAGAUGAUUCAAGCCUACUUGAGUGACGCUGAGACGAAAUCCACCGGUGAAGCAGUCAAGAUGUGGUUGAGGAAACUUGAAGCUGUGGCUUUCGAUGCUUAUUAUGUUUUGGAUGAACUCAACUAUCAUUUUCUCUACAAAGAAGCGAGAAAAAUGGAUGCACCCAAUCCCAAGCUGAAGAAUAAGGUACUAUCAUGCUUCUCAUCCUGUAGUCGCAUUUCACGUCGCUCUAAAAUGGCUCAUACCAUCAAACAAAUCAAUGCGGAUUUUGAGUCUGUCAACAACAAUGCAACACAACUUGGCUUUCAAAACAUUAUUGCGAAUGCACUUCCAGCUGUUGUUGAUACUUCUCCUGAAACUGAUUCAUUCAGUCUUGAUCCAAUAUUUAUUGGAAGAGAUGAUGCUGUGAAUAAAUUGGUUGACAUGCUCACCCCAACACACCCUGAGGAAGAGAAACGGAUGUUCUACAUCGUUGCUCUUGUGGGAAUGGGGGUAUGGGGAAAACUACAUAUUGGUGAAGGGGUUCAGAAUAGGGAAGCUAUUCUGAAAAUGCUUCAUGAAGCUCUAAUGGCAAAAACUUAUCUUCUUGUUCUUGACGAUGUUUGGAAUGAAGAUGUUCGGAAAUGGGACAAUUUUAUAAAUUCCAUGUCAGGAGUUACUUCAACUAUGGGAAAUGAUGAGGAUUGCUGGUCCAUAAUAAAAGCAAAGGCUUUUGAUGGAAAUGGAGAAGUUCGACCGGAAUUUGAGACGAUUGGGAAAGAGACUGCGAAAAGAUGCGGGGGUUUGCCUUUAGCUGCCAAUGUAAAGUUGGGGUGUUUCGCAUAUUGUUCGAUUUUCCCCAAAGGUCAUGGAAUCGGAAAGCUUGAGCUGAUUGGACUACGGAUGGGAGAAGGGUUUCUUCAACCAAGGCAAGGAGAUGAUAUGGAGUCUAUAGGAAACAUGUUUUGUAAUGUGCUUCUACAAAACUCUUUGUUGCAAGUUUCACAGAAAUAUGCAUACGGAGAGGUGUGCUAUGUGAUGCACGAUCUAGUGCAUGAUCUUGCAUAUUCUGUUUUAUCUAAUAAUGCAGACCACAGAACCCCAGCUCGAUACAUGUUUCUUAAAACAGAAUCAAGUCAUGUUUCAAAAGAAGUGACGAAGCAUUUGCGUACAUUAAUCUUGAAAGGUGGAACUUCUGGUAUCAAUUUCUCAGACUUCCAAUGUCUGCAGAAUCUAACUAUUGGUGAAAGUUCAGAAGAGCAUCAAUUGCCCAAUUCAAUUAAAAAGUUGAUACAUUUGAGAAAUCUUGAUCUGUCAAAUACAUAUACUGAAGACUUGCCGGUGUGGAUUGGUGAACUCAGUCACUUGCAAUCGUUAAGAACGUCAAGUGCCAGGGGUCAGAAACUGCCAAACACCUUGAAGUACUUGGUUGACUUGAGGCAUCUAUAUAUUCACGAUGAUGUUGAGUUGCCUGCGGAGAUUGGGAGAUUAACUAGACUGCGAACACUACCUUUCUUUAAAGUGGGCGAAGAGAAGGGCUACCAUAUUGAAGAACUUGGAAAUUUGAAUUGUCUCAAUGGAAAAUUAACUGUUAAAAAUCUUGAGAGGGUGCUUAACAAGGAAGAGGCUCUGAAAGCCAAUAUAUUUCGGAAGCAACACUUAUCUGAAUUGCGUUUCAAUGGGGAUCGGAUUGGUGAAGCUCAUGGCUCUUGCUUACCACUUCAUAACUUGAUUGAGAUAAGUCUCUACAAGUGCUCAGAAUCAUUACCAGAUGGGCUGGACACCUUGAAUUCUCUGAAGGUGUUGAGUAUAGAUAUGUGUAAAAAUCUGAAGUCGGUGGGGAAUCCAAGCUGCGGAGAAGGAGAAAAUCAAGGAACCGUCCACCGGCUGAGAAUUAGAGGCUGUGGAGAACUGAUGGAAUUGCCACGUCAAAUGCUAGAGUUGUGGGCCCCUACAAUUGCAUCUCUCUCAUUGGAGGGAUUAAGGAGCCUAACGAAUCUACCAAUGCUAAUUGACUGCCUCGCUAAAUCAUCUAAUCUCGAAGAUUUAACAAUCAGAGGCGUUCCUAAAUUGAUGUCUGCUGGUAGUGUUGAGAGUUGGGAUUUAGGUAAAUUGUGGAAUUUAAAUAUAGAUGUGAGUGAGGAGUGGUCAGAAGAGAUUAAUGUUGCCAUUAAUGAGACUGUUAAUGGCAUAUUGUUAAAGAAUAUAGGGAUAGAAGAAUUGCCGCAAUGGUUUGGAAACCUCUCAUCUCUAGGAACGUUACAUCUACAUGGCUGCACAAAGUUGAGGUGCCUGCCCUCUGUGGAUUCAUUGAAGCUCCUCGCUAAAUUAGAUGACAUAAAUAUUAAUAAUUGUCCAAAACUAAGUAUUGAUCCAGAGUGGCACAACCAUCCCGACCUCCAGAUCAUGGUUGAUUACAAGCGCAUUUGA